UGUAGUGACGCGCAGGGCAGGAGCAGUCACCACGUCUGAGGUUUCGCAAAGCCCUGUGGGAGAGGGGCAGGAGAAGGAGGGUCAAAAUGGCGGAAACGGUGGAUGUUCCAGGAGACUCAGGGACAGGAUCGCCCAGGCCCCUGUUUGCAGGCCUUUCAGAUAUAUCCAUUUCACAAGACAUCCCUGUGGAAGGUGAAAUCACCAUUCCUAUGAGAUCUCAAAUUCGGGAAUUUGACAGUUCAACAUUAAAUGAAUCUGUUCAGAAUACCAUUGUGCGUGAUCUAAAAGCUGUUGGUAAAAAAUUCAUGCAUGUUUUAUACCCAAGGAAAAGUAAUACUCUUUUGAGAGAUUGGGAUUUAUGGGGUCCUUUGAUCCUUUGUGUGACACUUGCAUUAAUGCUUCAGAGAGGCUCUGUAGAUAGUGAAAAAGAUGGAGGACCCCAAUUUGCAGAAGUAUUUGUCAUUGUAUGGUUCGGUGCAAUUACCAUCACUCUCAACUCAAAACUUCUUGGAGGAAACAUAUCUUUUUUUCAGAGCCUCUGUGUGCUGGGUUACUGCAUACUUCCCUUGACAGUGGCAAUGCUGGUUUGCCGACUAGUACUUUUUGCUGAACCUGGACCAAUAAACUUCACAGUUCGACUUUUUGUGGUGAUCAUAAUGUUUGUCUGGUCUAUAGUAGCCUCUACAGCAUUCCUUGCUGAUAGUCAGCCUCCAAACCGCAAAGCCCUGGCUGUUUAUCCUGUCUUCUUGUUCUAUUUCGUCAUCAGUUGGAUGAUUCUCACCUUCACUCCUCAGUAAAUAAGGAAUAAGGAAUUGAAAAUCAGUGAAUUGGAAGUUCAUUUGAUAGUUGUAAUUCAGCAUGAAGCUUUGCCUCUGGCCUUCUUUGUCUAAUUUUGGAAGUACUAGGCAGUUGGUUUUGUGAGGUAAUAAGGGAGCCAUAAAGACCUGAUGCCAGUUAUUGUAUGGAACUAAUCUUUGUAAGACUAUCCUUUUCCUUUUCAUAUUAUUUAUUUAAAAUAUAUAUAUGUAGUAUGCACAGUGUAAUUCCUCCUUAAGGCAUAGUGGGGUCACCAUGGUCCCUUUGGGUAAUAACCAGUGACUUGUAAAACACAUGGGUAUAUCCUAUAAUUGGAAUAGAGUAUGUAACUAUUUUGUCAGUUUUGAGAAUACAAGUUUAUGUGCAGCUCUUAAUCACAUUGCCUAUGACUUAAAAUAUGCCUUGUUUUUCAUAAAUAAGAAUGUAUAAUCUGUAUGCCAUUUCUUUUAAUACUUAAGCUUAAAAAGGCAAUGAUAGAUGUUGGGAAGGGGGCUUCACAGAUGAGGCAGGAGAAAACAGACAUUAACUAACCUUUAAAAUUUGGUCAAAGCCAAUAGUGAAUGAUUUCACUUAUAGGAGGAAAUUAAGAACAAAGAACAGUAAGGGAAAACAUAAGGUGAAACUUGGACUGGGUGUGGAAGGAAAGAAAAGGGACAGUAUGAAGGGAUUUUAGGACCCUGUUGUGUCUCCUCAACAGUAAUCAAGGGGAGAUGAGAGAUGUUAAAGAUGUUACUGUAAGCCACCACUACCCCCCAUAAAAUUUUUUUAAAUUUUAUUUAUAAAAAGGAAAUACUGACAAAACCAUAGGAUAAGAGGGGUACAACUCCACACAGUUCCCACCACCGGAACUCGGUAUCCCAUCCCCUCCCUUGAUAGCUUUCCUUUUCUUUAACCCUCUGGGAGUAUGGACCCAAGGUCAUUGUGUCAUGCAGAAGGUGGAAGGUCUGGCUUCUGUAAUUGCCUCACCGAUGAACAUGGGCAUUGACAGGUUGAUCCAUACUCUCAGCCUGUUUCUCUCUUUCCCUAAUGGGGCAGGGUUCUGGGGAAGCAGAGCUCCAGGACACAUUGGUGGGGUUGUCUGUCCAGGGAAGUCUGGUUGACAUUAUGCUAAUAUCUGGAACCUGGUGGCUGAAAAGAGAGUUAAUUUACAGAACCAAAAAAAUUAUUGAGCAACCAAGAACCUGAAGGCUAGAAUAGUGCAGAUGAAGAGUUGGGGUGGGGGGCAUCUCUGUUUUGUAAAUAGCUAAUAGGCAUACUUUUGUUAUACUCUAAAGGGCCUGUGGCUAUACUAGUUUUUUUUCCCCCUGAGCCCAAAGUCUGAUAUGCAGGUGGAUUCAAGUUAUUAUCUGGGUAGAUGAUAUCAUGGGUGGAAAAAGGACUAGAAAGCUGGAAGAGAGUAGCUCCCAAAUAUGGGAAAGGUGUAUAAAUAUUGUUGACUAUAAACCCUUCAAUUUGAUGGGGCACAUAUUCAACUUAGCCUAUGUGACCUCUGCAUCCUUGUAGAUCUGAGGUCACAUUCUGUGGUCAUGAGUAGGAACGUCCCAAGCUUCCCCAAUAUCAGGACGCAUAUCAGGAAUCUCAGGUAUGGCAUAGAAAAUGUUGUCCAGCCUCCUUUCAGGGAUGGAACAUUCUCUACCAUUGUUGAUCCAAGUUGAGGGCAAGGUCCUAUGGUGGUCCACAAAGGGAUGGUCUAUUGUGUUGUUCCUGAUAGAGAUACCCAGUAACAAUGUGGAGAGGGAUUUAUUUGAGGUCUAGGCCCAUCAUGUUUGUUUGGGAAUCUCAGGACUCCCCGAAUAGGGCCCCAGCUGAUGGGGUGGCCUGAUAGUGACUAAAGAGUCAUCGUUAAAGUAUGCCAGUCUCUUGCCCUUAUUCAACUUUUGCAGUCCUUGCUUUGAUAAGGUUAGCUUUGGAGUGAGUGAGGGAAGUGUAAUGGGAAGUAGGUGAGGAAGGUAUCUUAAGUCUAAGCAGACACUCAUUAUGAACUUUAUACUGACUCACUACAGACUAUUGUGUGCUUUUGCUUUCAGGUAUAUAUUUUGCCCUAAUUUAUAGAUACAUGUGAACAUAUGCUCUAUCUCACAGGACCUGGCCUAUAUCUAGGUUUUGGGACUUUGUUAGGAAAUGAACCACCUGGAAUGGAAUUAGACAAUCCUAUGAAAGGAAAGGUCUCACCUGAGUAAUGAGGCUGAAAGGUUGAUAUUCCAUGACUGACGUCUCUGGACACAGUCUAAGAUGAAGCAUGCUGGGGUGGUACUUGUUUCACUGAUUAGGAUGGGAUCAAUGGAUGCAAUAUCAUUUGGUAUGAAUUGAGAGAAGCAUGCAGGAAAGUGAGCCCCACCCUAGAGGUUGCAGGACUGGGGAAAAUAUAUGCUUUAUAGAGGAAGCGGGAGGUUCCUGCUGUCUUAAGGUUUAAGAAGGUAAUAGUUAUUGCUAUAAUCACAGUAUUUGGCAAUUGGGUUAACUCUGAAAAAUCCCUUUGUUAGGAUUUGCUGUUUCAUACACAACAUCACCAUAAUUCCUUUGGCUUUAUUUGUAUAUACCUGUGCCACCAGUGGCUUCUAUUCUCCUUGGUCUAAGCUUUUUAGAGAGUCAAUAUAUCGAAGACAGCCUAUACUCUGUGCAUUAAAAAGUUUGAGACAAUCAA